AACAAUUAAAAAUUCAAUAUUCAUGGAUGGGUAAUACUGUAGUAACCAUAUAUAUGUGUGUCUGCGAUUGUGUUACUGAUUGCUUCUGAAAGUCGAAAGCUAUGGAGAAACAGAUAGCAAUUAUAGGAGCAGGUGUGAGUGGACUUCUUGCCUGCAAAUACACACUCUCAAAGGGCUUCCAGCCCAUUGUUUUUGAAGCAAAAAGCAGUCUCGGAGGAGUAUGGACUAAAACUGUUGAGACCACAAAGCUCCAAACUCCAAAACCAAUAUAUCAGUUUUCAGAUUUUCCAUGGCCAGAUUCAGUAACAGAAGUCUUCCCUGACCAAUCUCAAGUUCUCGAUUAUCUUCAAUCCUAUGCGAGCCAUUUUGAUUUGCUUAAGCACAUAAAGUUCAGUACUAAAGUUAUCGGCAUCAGCUACGAAGGUCCGUCCGAUGAAGAAAUGAAGUCAUGGAGUUUGUGGGGUGGCAAUGGCGAGGCCUUCAGCUCAAGAGGGAAAUGGAAAGUUGAAGUGCAAGACACUCAAACCCUUUUCAAUGAGAUAUACCAAGUGGACUUUGUGAUCCUAUGCAUAGGGAGGUUCAGUGAUGUUCCAAAUAUACCAGAAUUUCCCAUUGGGAAGGGCCCAGAAGCAUUUCAUGGGGAAGUGAUUCACGCCAUGGACUAUAUGAACAUGGAUCCUGAAACUGCUCGUAACUUUCUCAAAGGGAAGCGAGUGGCAGUCGUUGGGUUCCAGAAGUUUGCACUGGACAUUGCCAUGGAGUGUUCUGCAGUAAAUGGGAUCGAACAUCCAUGCAGAGUUUUAUACAAGACUGCGCAUUGGAAUCUUCCCGACUACCUUCCAUGGGGAGUUCCUUUAACCUAUCUUUAUCUUAACCGACUCGCAGAGCUCCUACUUCAUAAGCCUGGUGAAGGUUUUCUGUUCAGCCUCUUGGCAACAAUUCUUGCUCCUUUGAGAUGGGCUUUCUCUAGAUUUGUUGAAAGCUAUGUCAAGAAUAAGUUUCCAUUGAAAAAAUUUGGCAUGGUACCCAAGCACAGUUUUCUUCAAGAUUUCAAUUCCUGUACGAUUGCAAUAGUGCCAGAAAAGUUUUAUGAUAAAGUUGAAGAAGGAAGCAUCACACUGACAAAAGCUCCAAGCUUUAGCUUCUCCAAAGUUGGCAUUAUUAUUGAUGGUCACAACCAACCUCUAGAAACUGAUCUGGUGAUAUUAGCUACAGGAUUUAAAGGUGAAAAGAAGCUCAAAGACAUCUUUGUCUCCAAAACCUUACGAGAAUGGUUUGCUGGGUCUCCUGAUGCAGCACUUCCCCUUUACAGAGAAUGCAUUAAUCCGCGAAUUCCACAGCUAGCAGUAAUUGGAUUUUCAGAAAGUCUUUCAAACAUGUUUACUUCAGAGAUAAGAUGCAGAUGGCUGGCAGGGCUUCUUGAUGGAAAAUUCGAAGUGCCUAGCAUAACAGAGAUGGAAAAGGAUGUGGCAAAUUGGGACAAAUACAAGAAGAGAUAUGCAGGACCUUAUUACAGGAAAUCAAGCAUUGCUGCUCUUCAUAUUUGGUACAAUGAUCAACUUUGCAAAGACAUGGGAUGGAACCCCAAGAGAAAGAAAGGAUUUCUUGCUGAACUGCUCGAGCCUUAUGGACCCAUGGAUUAUGUUUCUCCUUGAAACAGUCGUUGGCGAUUUCACAUUUUCUAAUUGAUUUCUCAUAUAUAUUAUUCCAUGCCCUUCAAUUUGCUUUUCUGUAAGGUGGACCAUGAAUUUGAAUCUGUAAUAAAUAUUUUGGCCUGAAUUAAGCAAACAAUCCAAAAUAAAGGGUCAUCAUAGUGAUCAAUGGAAAGGGCUUGUUCGGCCACCAUAUGAGUCA